AUGAACGCCGAGUAUGUCGCCAUCAGUCCAUACUUCCACGCCACGGCGGAAGCAGAGAUGGGAAAGCAUGUUCUCCGCAUGCCGCGUGCAAACGGAGGCGAUUCCGCCUACGUGCUCAUGACAACAGUUUAUUCGAACUUCAACGAGUUCCUUCCGCACAUCGCUGGCCCCAACGCCUCGGAUAUAUUGGGCGACGUGCGCGGCGUCCAUACUUAA